CACAAGCUCCGAGCAGGGAUCCAGUGGGAAGAGAGAGAGAGAGACCCCGCAAGUGCCAGAAAUCUGCCAAGUCCUCGUGCCAAAAACUUUUCAUCCACAGACGAAUGCGUCCAAGCCAUCUCGAGUAAAGACUUCUACCUGCUGGACUAAUAGAAUACUAAAGUAGAUAAUACGGACGAUUCUCAUUUACACAAACGUAGCGUUGUUGAUCCAUUUUGCAAUUUUAGGACAGUCUUAAAUUGUCUGUGGAAUAGCCUAAACUCAAAGGCGCUGGAAAGGUUCGGGUGUUGAGGAUGGACCGAGCCCCAAGCUCCAGCCCAAGUGGCACCAGUCAAACAUCUCAACCGACCCAACAUGAACCCAUCAGCUUCGGCAUAGAUCAAAUACUUAGCGGUACCGACCAAGAGUCACAACAGAACUCGACGAGGAAUAGUUCAGAGACGAGCAGCAGUAGUACGAGCGGAGGCAGUUAUCAUCUCGGGAGUCCAACGGGAGCGAGCGCAACGCCAUACACGACACUAACCGGCACGUUUCACGGAAUCGCGACUCCAUACGAGGACUCCAGUCCAUAUGGAGUGAACUUGACCCUUGCACCCGGAGGAGUGAUUAGGGUUCCGGCUCACAGGCCCCUGACCGCGGCCGUGCCUCCACCCAUGGCAAGCGCAGUACCCGGUCUUGGGAGCCUCAGUUUUCCCUGGAUGGACAGCAGUCAACGAUUCGCAAAAGACAGGUUUGCAGCAGCUCUGACCCCAUUCACAGUGGCCCGGCGUAUCGGCCACCCGUACCAGAACCGCACGCCACCUAAGAGGAAGAAGCCCCGCACGUCCUUCUCCCGAGUGCAGAUCUGUGAGCUGGAGAAACGCUUCCACAGACAGAAAUAUCUGGCUAGUGCUGAAAGAGCCGCCCUGGCCAAAACUCUGAAGAUGACAGACGCCCAGGUCAAAACCUGGUUUCAGAACCGCAGGACUAAGUGGAGACGCCAGACGGCAGAGGAGAGGGAGGCAGAACGCCAGCAGGCCAAUCGCCUGAUGAUCCAACUCCAGCACGACGCCUUUCAGAAGUCCUUGUCCGACUCGGUUCCAUCUGACCCGCUCUGCAUCCACAACUCAUCACUGUUUGCCCUUCAAAAUCUACAGCCUUGGGCCAGCGAGGAAAGUGGCAAGCUUGGCGGUGUGACCUCACUUGUAUGAAUAUCAAUGCUCGGUUUUUUUGAUGGACCAGGAUGCUGGUUGACCUUAUCUCCAUGCAGCCGAGAGACCUUUCCAUUCCACAAAAAAGUGAGGAACUUAUUUUGGCCAUCGCACAGCAGGCGAGCUCACAUAAAUAAAAUGGUUCUGCAUUUUAGGAGCAUCUGCAGAAAAAAAUAUGGACUUGAUGAACGAUGUGUGUGUGUACAGAAGAUUUUCCCAUUAGGGUCAGUGGCAAUGACCUAUAGAAAGGAACAGGCCAUCUCCGCUGACCCUCCAGCACUCCACUAACCUACGGACUAACAGCCGCAUUACAGAUCCCACGUUCUUCUCCACCAUCCAUUUGUCCGUCCGCACCCCUGUGUAGUUUCUCCACCACUCAGAGCCGCACAAGAUUAAUGCAGAAGUAACAUCUGAUCAAUUAUUUAUCAUCCGAGUUGCACAACCUUACAUGCCCCCCAUCUGGCCAUUUGUGAAAACACAUAAACAGGACACAAAUAGAAACACAUGCUCUCAAAUCAUCCUUCCUGUCAAGUUUCCCUCCUGAAUUAUCCACCUGGGUAUUAAACCAUGAUUCACCUUUUCAGGGUCCAAGGGCUAACCAGCUACUUUUUAUGGAGGCACAUCCAAACCAUUUGAGGAAUAGCAUGUAUCGUCCAGCUCGCGCAGAGUAGCUGCAAUUUAUUUUAUCCGUUAGAUUUGCUCAGCAUCAAUUCCAAACAGCUCAGAGGGAAACUCGGAAUACGAUGCUGGGACACAAGUGUCCGGCGAGGGAAAGAAUGCAUUAAGAUAAAAGAUUUACAUGCAGGUGGAUGUUGGAUGCUCCUGUGAUAAAGGUGCGCUGUUGCAUCCCAAACCGUGUAUCAUACUUUGUAUUUGAUAAAUAUGUAAAUAGCAGACAAAAAGUAAUAAACAUUCUGUUUUGGCAUUA